AAUUUAGAAAUUUUAUUUUUUUUAAGGGUAAUUUAGAUAUUUUAUAUAUAUUUUUUUAAAAAGGAGGUGUGUUUAUAUGAGAGUGGAGGUGUGUUUAUCAUCUGCCAACGUUAUAUUAUACUUGUGAAUUCCGCUAGCCAGUAGGUGUGUUGCUUCCGCUCUCUGUCCAGGUAUCUAAUUUCUUAUUAGGUUACUUCGGUUAAAGAUUUCUGGAAUAGUGGAAUCUUUGUCAUGGCAACUAGACUUCAGUUUGAGAAUUGUUGUGAAGUUGGAGUGUUUUCAAAACUUACCAAUGCAUAUUGUUUGGUUGCUAUUGGAGGUUCUGAAAACUUUUACAGCUCAUUUGAAGCUGAGUUAGCAGAUGUUAUCCCAGUGAUCAAGACCUCCAUUAGUGGCAUUCGUACAGUUGGUCGUCUUUGUGUUGGAAACAAGAAUGGGCUUCUCUUGCCCCAUACCACCACAGACCAAGAGCUUCAACAUUUGAGAAACAGUCUACCUGAUCAAGUUCUUGUUCAGCGUAUUGAUGAAAGAUUAACUGCUUUGGGAAAUUGUAUAGCAUGUAAUGACCAUGUGGCCUUGACACACAUUGAUCUUGACAAGGAAACUGAGGAUAUGAUUGCAGAUGUUCUUAAAGUAGAAGUUUUCAGGCAGACUAUUGCCUCUAAUAUCAUUGUAGGAAGUUACUGUACAUUUUCCAACAGAGGUGGUUUGGUUCACCCUCAUACAUCCAUUGAAGAAUUGGAGGAACUUUCUACACUUCUUGAUGUUCCUUUGGUCGCUGGGACUGUCAAUCGUGGCAGUGAAUUACUAGCUGCUGGCAUGACAGUAAAUGAUUGGAUAGCAUUUUGUGGUUCAGACACUACAGCUACAGAGCUCUCUGUGAUUGAGAGUAUCUUCAAGCUGAGAGAAGUCCAACCCGGUGUCACUAUGCAUGAGAUGAGGAAAUCACUCUUUGAUAGCUUUCUCUAAUUUUUUUUAUAGAAUUAUAAUUAAAAAUUCAUUUUGAAGUAAGAUGAUUUUGUUUGAACUUGAAAAAACAUAGGCUAGCCUAUACAUGUGUUCUUAAUUUUUUUAGCUUUAGUUAAUCUUUUAUCAUCUAAAAAAUUAAAUUUAGUUGUUUUAAAAGUGUA